AUGAACCAGUGGCCCGGGGUAAAACUGCGGGUGACCGAGGGCUGGGACGAGGACGGCCACCACUCGGAGGAGUCGCUGCACUAUGAGGGCCGCGCGGUGGACAUCACCACCUCUGACCGCGACCGCAAUAAGUACGGACUGCUGGCGCGCCUGGCGGUGGAGGCCGGCUUCGACUGGGUGUAUUACGAAUCCAAGGCCCACGUGCAUUGCUCCGUCAAGUCCGGUGAGCCGCUGCCGGGGGUCUGGGCCCGGGGCCGGGGCCGCAGGGCGUGGGCAGGCGGCUCAGGACCUGCUGGGGCCGAGAAGGCGAAGAGGCCGCCCCUGCACUGGCACCAGCAAAUGACACUCACAGCCCUGGCACACAGACCUGCUUCUCACGGUGCUGUGCUGACCCCCCGCAAUCUGCUGCUGGUGCCGGCGGCGCGGGGCUGCGGGCCGGGCCGGGUGGUGGGCAGCCGCCGGCGGCCGCCGCGCAAGCUCGUGCCGCUCGCCUACAAGCAGUUCAGCCCCAACGUGCCCGAGAAGACCCUGGGCGCCAGCGGGCGCUAUGAAGGCAAGAUCGCGCGCAGCUCGGAGCGCUUCAAGGAGCUCACCCCCAACUACAACCCCGACAUCAUCUUCAAGGACGAGGAGAACACGGGCGCCGACCGCCUCAUGACCCAGCGCUGCAAGGACCGCCUGAACUCGCUGGCCAUUUCCGUGAUGAACCAGUGGCCCGGGGUAAAACUGCGGGUGACCGAGGGCUGGGACGAGGACGGCCACCACUCGGAGGAGUCGCUGCACUAUGAGGGCCGCGCGGUGGACAUCACCACCUCUGACCGCGACCGCAAUAAGUACGGACUGCUGGCGCGCCUGGCGGUGGAGGCCGGCUUCGACUGGGUGUAUUACGAAUCCAAGGCCCACGUGCAUUGCUCCGUCAAGUCCGAGCACUCCGCUGCAGCCAAGACGGGCGGCUGCUUCCCUGCUGGUGCCCGAGUACGCCUGGAGAGCGGGGCGCGUGUGGCCUUGUCGGCGGUGAGGCCCGGAGACCGGGUGCUGGCCAUGGGGGAGGACGGGAACCCCACCUUCAGUGACGUGCUCAUUUUCCUGGACCGCGAGCCGACCAGGCCGAGGGCCUUCCAGGUCAUUGAGACGCAGGACCCCCCUCGCCGCCUGGCACUCACCCCUGCGCACCUGCUCUUCACCUCCAGCAAUCACACCCAGCCAGCAGCCCACUUCCAGGCCACAUUUGCCAGCCAAGUGCAGCCCGGCCAGUACGUGUUGGUGGCUGGGGCGCCAGGCCUGCAGCCUGCCCGAGUGGCCACUGUCUCCACACACGUGGCCCCGGGGGCCUAUGCUCCACUAACGAGGCACGGGACGUUGGUGGUGGAGGAUGUGGUGGCCUCCUGCUUUGCAGUGGUGGCUGACCACCGCCUGGCUCAGUUGGCCUUCUGGCCCCUGCGACUGUUUCACAGCUUGGCAUGGGGUAGCUGGACCCCGGGGGAAGGGGUACACUGGUACCCCCAGCUGCUCUACCGCCUGGGACGUCUCCUGCUAGAAGAGGGCAGCUUCCACUCACUGGGGAUGGCUGGGCCCGGGAGCUGAAAGGACCCCUCCGCUGCACUCCAGGAACUGCCCAGCUGGAUCCCAGGCCUCCCCACCAGGAGGGCGCAGGCCCUGAAGGGACCUUAGGAGGGGCGCUGGUUGCCACCAUCUCUGCCACCAGAGAUGCACCUUGAGAUUUGACUAGGCCAUGCCAGCGUCCCUAUGCCCCGUCUUCGUAUAGUGACAGAACUGUAAGCUGCGCUGGCCCGGAGGGUUGUGGCCCAUCUUCCUGUCCUAGAAACCUCGAAACCCGCCCAGCCAGCACUCACUAUGUCUUUUCACACCUGCCUCCUUCAUGGGGAAGACCCGUUCUAUCUGUCUUAGGCCCCCCACUUCAGUGGGCUGGCACCUCAGUUGAUGCUGCUAGUUUCCCUGGGAGCCAGCAGGGAGCUGGCUGGACUCACUGCUGCCGGAACUGAGAAAGCCUCACAGGCAGCCAGCCUGGCCAUCCUGAGACACGACCUUCCUCCCUGGCCACACUCCGCGGGACACACCCCGAAACUGCUGCCGUCGGGGCAGUCAGUGUGAUCACAGGGCUGGGGACGGGGUGGGCUGGGUGUCCUUCCCAGCUGUCCAGGCUGAGCUCCCUUUUCUGUAGGACCAUCACCUCCACCCCCUCCUCCAGUCAGUCUCCCCCACCUUAUUUAUUGGCUUGGAGGGGAAGCCCAUGGGAGAAUCUUGGGGAUGUUUUGACCUUUUCUUCCUUUUGUAAUAAAAAUUAUUUAAGUUGCUAGAGCCAUGGAGCCCAAGGUCCUGAGCGACACAAAGAUGGCCUGUGGCUGGCUCACUUCUCCAGGGUCAAAACCUCCAGAGCUCCUGCCCUCUCUGCAGGCACUUUCUCACCCUCUGCAAAGCUCCCCAUAGAGGGGGGAGCUGCAAAGUCCCCACUGAGGAGAUGGUGGGUGCUAGGCGAGGACUUUACAAGCUGACCCCAACACUUGCCUAAACAUGGACCAGACAGAAAGGGGAGGUUAUCAAUGCUCAGUCACUUCACUGAUCUCGAACCAUCUCCUUGUUCUCCAGUUACUCUCAUCUUUCUUGGGGCCUGGGAUUCUUCAUUGGGAAUCUUCACUGUAUUUCCCUUGUGGCCUGUUCAGACAUCAGAGCUAAGUCAAGGUCUGUAACCCGACAGUUCUCAAAUCUCAGAAUCACCUGGGCAGCUUGUUUAAAAAUGGUUCCUGGUCCCACUUUCAGGAUUCUGCUUUAAUAGGUCCAGAGCAAGCCCCAGGAACUGAUUUUUACUAAUACCCCACACAUGGCAGAGGAUUCAUAGACCAUCCUUUCAUAAACAUUGCUUAGAGACGGCUCAGGUUAUCGCUAAAAAUAAAAUGACCCCUUUCUUCCUCU